GUUCGUUUGCCUGUUUCAUCAUGGUUCUACACAUAUGGCCAGCCAGAGAAAGCUCUUGCUGGCUCUCUUCACGCUAUCCUUAUUAAGGUCUGCAUGUGGCAAAUCGUUUAUGACCACGGGUGGGGACAGAGUCCACAAGGACGGCCUUGCAAAGGCUGGCUCCAUGCGUGGCCAAGGUAGAUCAGAUCUCUUCAUAUUUGCUGAUGGUCAGAGGCAUUACGAUGAUCCAGUUUGCCCAUCAGACUGUCUAAAAUGCAGCAUCCGUGGUGAGUGCUUGCACUGCACCAACUCAAAGUACCUCGACCCUGUGAAGUCAAGCUGCGAAGACAUGUGUCCCGACGGCUACUUUCCAGGGGGAACAGGUAUAUCAAAUCGAACCUGCACUCCAUGUUCAGACGACUGCGCAGUUUGCCUUUCACGUGAAGAAUGUGUACAAUGCGCCAGCAAGUACUUGACACCUACAGGAUCUUGUGAGUCUUCCUGCCCAGCAGGGCACUACAACUACAAUAAAAAUGGUGCAGGUACCUGCAAGCCAUGUCCAGCGACUUGCCAAACGUGUUCCGAUUGGAACACUUGCGAUGUUUGUGUGCCAGGUGCAUACUUGUCGCCAAAUCGGAGCUGUUCCGUGGUUUGUGAUGAUGGCUACUACAAGAAUGACUCCGCAAAGCCGGAAACGGGUGGCGUUUGUGCCAAGUGUGAUGAUAGCUGCAGCAAGUGCAUCAGUCGGGAUGUGUGCUCCGAAUGCCAGAAAAAAAUGUAUUUGUCCCAACUCGACAACAUGUGUGGGCCAUCCUGCGCUGAUGGAUUCUACAAGCAGGGGACAGCUGAAAUUGGGAACACUUGUGAAGAAUGCCCAGACAGUUGUAGCAGGUGCACCAGCUCCACCCAAUGCUCCAGAUGCAAGGACGGCUAUUUCCUUACUCCAAACGCAACAUGUGCUCCCUUUUGCCCAGAGGGUUACUACGCCAACAGCACCCUGAAGCGUUGUCAGUCUUGCCCCAAAUCAUGUGGAACUUGCACAGCUGGGCUGGUCUCGCCAGUUGUCUGUUUGGAGUGCAGCGACUACAAAUACCUUUCGCAUCGAGGGGAAUGUGUUAGCACGUGCCAAGAAGGAUACUACGCAGAAGGUUACAGUGGGCCUUUUGGCGGUCAGUGCAUUCUUUGCGAUCCAGCCUGUACUGCAUGCAACAGCAGAACGGAAUGCACCAAGUGCCAGAUGCUGCACUACUUGGCUCCUGAUUCCAGCUGCAAGAAGUUGGAAUGUCCCCGGGGAUUGUAUGAGCGAGGAGGUAUCGAUCUGAAGGAACCUGGAGUGUGCUUGGAGUGUGCCGACAACUGUGCGGAGUGUGAGAGUUUGGAGGCGUGCACAGUAUGCAAAAACAACUACUACUUGCACCAGGGUCGCUGUUUGGAGUCCUGCCCAACUCGUUUCUUUGGUGUCGAAGUGCAGAAAAGCAGCAAUCCGGAAGGUCGCACAUGCAGAAGCUGCAGGUUCCACGACUAUGAGUGCUCUUCGCCCAAUGCGCUAGUGGAGAAGGAUCCUGAUAAUGCCCUGACCAUCAUCUCUACAUCCUGCUUGCCAUCCAAAAGAGUUUUGUCCCGUGGGCACCUAUCCCAGGCGCGGAGAGGAGCUGGAGACCGAGCCAGGCAACUUUGUGGGCGGAAAUUGCUCGGAGUGUCCGCAGAACUGCUUGAGCUGCAGCUCACCCACCAGGUGUACAGCCUGCAAGAGCAGCAAAUAUCUCACACCUGA